GAAAAGGAAACACCGGACGUUGUGCACAAGUUUGACCCUUGUGGAUGUACAAUUUAUUUUUUAUAUCACAGCGGCUUUAAUUUAGUGCUGUUUAACACACAACCAUGCGACUCACAGCAUUGCUUUCAAUGGCUGCAAAAGCUGCUUUUCCUCACGAUUAUCGUUAUGGAACGAGCAGACCAUGGACUGUAGCAGCGCGCCGUAUCAACCCACCUGGCAAGAAAAGAAGAAAGGUGUUUGUUGAACCAAUCGCGAACGAGGACUGGCAUGUUCUGAGAGGCGAUACAGUGGAGAUUCUGUCUGGUAAGGACAAAGGAAAGCAGGGGAAAGUCUCUCAGGUGUUCAGACAUCGGAACUGGGUCAUACUUGAAGGGUUGAACACGCAUUACAGGUAUAUUGGCAAGUCUGGAGAUUACAAGGGUACAUACAUCGCCAGUGAAGCACCUUUAUUGCUUAAGGAUAUUACACUUAUCGACCCAACUGACAGAAAGGCUACUGAUAUAGAAUGGAGAUACACAGAAGAGGGUGAAAGGGUGCGUGUAUCUCUCAGGACAGGACGCAUUAUUCCCAAACCAGUGUUCCAGAGAAGAGAUGGCAUCAUUCCCCAGCAGUGGAAGGAUGGACCUAAAGACACAUCACCUGAUGACGCUCUUCAGAAAACAUACACACCCUCUUUAAAAACGCUUGAGGAAGAAGUUAUGGAAAAAAUGAACAUACAGGAAGAUAGGAGGCCCCGUAAGAGCUACUGGUACUGAGAUGCCACAGAGACUGUGACUGAAUGUUUAAGCUUGACAACAGAAGCACCUGUUCUUCAAAUUCUUAAAGUAUUUAUGUUGGAAAAAUAAUGUGUGUUCUUCAAACUUUGACAAUAAAAUAACCAAAUGCUGUA